UCUAAACGUCACUGUCAAAAUCAGCAGCUUAAAAUGGUCGUUUGUCUGAGCUCCGGUUGUUUUCAUACACAGUUCUAAGUGAAAAUUAUAAAGUUUACAAUAAACAUGACUCAAAAGGAAGUCACCAUGCAGGAAUUGGAAGAAACUGUGAAGCGUACAGACGAGCAACUCGACCUCAUGGAGUGGAAAAUGGACAAUGUUGAGAAGGAGCUGGUGGAGCCUAUCGAUACACAGGACAUGUGCAUCAUGAACCUGCUGAAGUCUGUAUCUGAGGUGCGGUCGGACUACCAGCAGCUCCGGCGCGAGCUGGUGGAGGUGCAGGCGCUGCAGCGGGAGCUGUCGUCUCGCCUGCGCGCGCAGCUGCGGCUCGUGCACGGCAAGUUCGCGCGCCUGCGCCAGAGGCUCGCCGCCGCCUCGCCGCCUCGUUGAGGACGCACCGAGAGCCUCUUGUGUCUGCUUGAUGAGCCGCAACAGUAGGUUUUGUGUUUCUAAUGUUGAGAUAUUUCAUGGUGUGCAUUGUGGAGCUAGAUGAUUGUCUUCGCACUUCUUGAAAUUAUUAAAAGUAGAUCAACUUUUAACACUGGUGUCGGUCACCUAGGACUCUUAACUCGGCUUAAAAGUGGUUUCUUACGUUACCCAUAAUUGACUUGGAGAUCGGUUCUUAAAGAGACCUUACCGAUUGGAAAAGCACUAAUUAGUUAUAGGUUGGAACAGAGGGAGAUAAAGGACUGUACUUACUUAGGGCUCAUCAAAUCCGUAAUACAUAAAAGUGCUAGUCUUGUUCUAACCCCGUAAAACUCAGUAUUGUUUAUUUAAUACCUGAUACCCCAGGUCGAGAUGGUGGCUAAGACACUUAUUUCAAAAAAAUAACUACCACACCAUGAAAUCUCUUAAACUACGAAACGAUUUAGUUCUAACACCAUGUAAGUAAAAAAUGUAGCUUACUAAGGAAGGACCUGUUAGUCUUUGUUAACAAAAUGUAUUUAAUUGAUAUCUGCAAUAUUAUUUCUUUAAUGAAAAUGAAUGCCCAGAGAACAUAUAAAAGUAAUUUCUAUAGUCAGUUUCUGAAAUUGUGUGACUUAUUUAGUAGCUGACGUAAAGUUUAUGGCAAACCUAGUUGACUGGCUCGUGGCUUUAGCGUUAUAAAGCGGUAACCGAGCCAAAAGUUCACAACAAUUUACAUAUUUUAACCAUCACAAUAACAAUAUUUGCUGUCUUUGUCAUACAAAAUAUUGUUUAUUUUUUAUACGCAUCGAAAACUGCAGUCUAAUUUAUAGCUUGAUUAUAGAAGAUAUUAUGUAAUAUGUUUCUCUGUUUAUUAUAUAUAGUUGUUUAAAUGUUAAUUCUAUAAUUAAUAUAUGGUGCGAAUCUUAGAAAAAAUCCUCACUUAUGGUCCUUAAAAUGAGGUAUUUAAAAAAACAUUUUUACUGUCAAAAAUAGCAUGUACAGUUAAAUAACAGUGUCUAGUUUACAAUACUAUACAAAAUUACCACGAAUCGCGCCUCAAAUGCAUUAUCUUACAAGGUGUUAGAACAAUAUUGAACUUUAUGUUUAUGCCUUUAGAGACUACUCAUCAGCAAUAACCCGAAUAGUUUUAGGCCUAAUUUGUAUGCGUACUUAUUACUAGUCAUCAUAUAUAAAGCACUAACGACAUGAGAGGGCCCUCGAAAUGUAAUAUUACUUAUAAAAUAAUAAUGUUGCUCAUUUUUUCAUUGAAAUAUAUUUAAACAUCAAGUUUAUUGUAAUACUAGUGCCCCAAACCGUUUAGGUUAGGUCUUAGAUAAAUACAACCUCCUUUUUUGUUUGUAUUGAAACUAUUCUCAAGUAACUUUAAAAAGUAGUGAUUCCUAUAGUCUUUGAUUACAUAUUUUAUGAUACCAAAAUAUUCGAUAUUAGCACAAUCAAUUCUAAAUAGAUGUAAAAGUAAUUCGAUUUUAUGCACAAUCGUUAGUCGAUUAAAAUACAUCAAUAUAAACAUUUAAAUCAGUACUAUGCAUUAUGCAAUAAAAUAAACAUAAUAGUUGAUUAAAAUGUUUAUAUUUUAUCAUAUAAACAAAGAAGUGGGUUGUAAUAAUGAAUUGUGCCAACAUUAUCUUUAUAGUAAAGUAUAGCACAGCACGGUUCACUGCAACAGUUCAAAUUACGACUUAACUACGCGCCGACGAUCUCACUCGAUACUUAGCUGUAGUGUGGUGUACGCUCCACGGGUUUCAUACAAACAUACAUAUUACUUUUUAUAUUUUUUUGAUGUCAAAUGUGUAAAACGAUAAUUUAUAUGUAUUUAUCUAAUCAAAAUCCGUUCAGUUUUGUAUUGAAUAAAGAUUUAUGUUUCAGCAUUCAUAUCGAUUUAAUAUUAUAAGUUUUUCGAUGAUAUAUUUGUAUGACACCCGAAAGUAAUCUAAUAUUUCAUGAAUAGAAAAACUAGUCGAAGUUUAUAUUGACUGUUUAGUUUUAGUGUUUAUUCUAUACAUAUAGAUUAUUUCGUUCGGUAAUAAUGUAAUUUGGUGCUAAAAUCUAGUGUGUGGACACAAAUGUACUGAGAUUCGUACUUUGCGUUGAUAUUAGAACAAUCUCAUCGAUGAAAUAGUAAACCCAUCGUGGAUAGAUAGGGUGGAAUAUCGAUAUUGACUUUUCAAUUUCACCCCAGUAGUUUAUCAAUGUCAAUACUGGUGUUACUAUGAAGUAUAGAAAAGUGUGGGGAAUUUAUCGAUAAAUUAACUAAUGCAGUUUAUGUAACUAUACAUAAGUAUAGUAUCAUGCUAUUUUAUUUGUGAGUUCAUAUCCAUUUGAACUAUACAGAUAAAAAACAAUGAACCUGAAUCCUUAUAAUUUAAUUUUGUAAUAUUUUUUUUAGGUAACUGAAACCAUGCUACUUUAUAGUGACAUCACUACGACAUAAGUUCGAUCUUCACAUUCUUAGUCUUAAUAUCGACACUAAGAAACUGUGGAAUGUCAAUUCACGAUCAGUAGAGAUUUAAUAGUAGAAAAAAAAAAGUUAAUGUUAUGCAUGUUUUUUUUCUUGGAUAUUCUAUGUUUAAAGAGUUUUUUAAUUAAGCAAUUUUGUGGUAAUUUUGCUAUAUUUACUUGGUUGUAUUUUGAAUAUAUUGUGAUCAUUUCAUUGUAAAAAAUAAUUUUAUCACAAAAUUGCUUAAUUUUAUAAAUUGCUUUUUUAUUAAGUAUUUUCUGAAGAACAGGAAUGUAUUGUAGUUAUCCCAUUCUAUAUAGAAAAAUUAAAUGGAACAAAAAGUUAGUAUCUGUUCACUAGAAAAUAUUCUUUUAACAUUAUUUCGCCAAUCUCCUACGUAAUUCAUAUUUUUCUAUGUGCGAGAGUAUAUUUUUCAAUGUUGCAUUUAUAGAUUGCAUUUUAGUAAGUGUGUUGAAGUGUGUCAGAGUGGAGAGUGUAGUCGAUUAUAGUGAUGUUUCUUUAGUAAAUUUGCACAUAUCACGCACUUGCAUGUUUUAUCGUAUUAGCAAAUAUCGUGGAUAUCGAGAAUUAUAAACCAGUCGUUUCGAUUUCCUUUUUGUUUUUGAUAUAUUUUCCAUAGUUAAAUAAUAUUUUAAUUUUGGGUAAAUAUUAUUUUCAUUUAUUAUUACCAUAAUAUUCACAGAGACAGAAUAAAAAUGAAAUAGUUUAACAUUUUAUUCCACUAUUGUUAAAGGUGGCUAAGUAACAGGCGAUAAAAUUACUGCUACCAGAUCCUUAAGUUUAUAAUUCACGACAUUCGCUGUAAAACUAAUGAAUAUUAAAUUAGCUGUAGCCUAAGGGAAAUACAUGUCUGAUACUAUGUCUAAGUCGUAAAAAAUCUAAAUUAAAGUAUACCUUAUUAACGUAGCCUAGUUUAGUGUAGUCUCUGGGUUUUUGAUAUAGUUUUACAAACUCCGUGAACCAUCACAAGGUCUUUAUUUAUCUCUAAAGACUUAUAAAAACUUGGGUAUAAUUUACAACUCCUUGGCAGCUCAAAAUUACUUAUAAAUUGUGUAAUAUAUUUCACGAGUAAAAAUUACUGAACUUUAAUGUUUCUAUUAGAUUUUAUUUACCCUAUUUGUAUUAUUUAAUGUAUAAAUUCUUGAUUACCAAAAUCAUUUAGUAAUGUUAAAUUACCUUGUAUUGGGUUUUUCUCGUAAGCUGUCAUCGACUUUAUAAAAUAUAUAAAAAACUAAAUUCAUAAUUCUAAAAUGAAAGCACCACAAUUAUUUAAAUGACUGCAUCACUAUACCUUGAUGUCCAAUUAAGACAAUAUUCAAUCAAUAUAAUUCCUAUUUACUGAGUAGUUUUUAUUUCUUUUAAAUUUAUUGCAAUAAAUCUUUAUCGAGAUCGAUAGAUUAAGUAACUUUCUUAUUAUUUUUUUUAAAGUAUGAAAAAUUUCUUAUUAAAAUGUAUGCUAUGAGAAUCUGAAAUAAAAUUCUAUGGUGAAGAUACCACAUUUUAUGGCGAGGCAUUGAAACCGCAAAGUAAUAAACAUUGUUAAGAAUGAAUUAUUUCGUGUAUACACUGCGGAGUUACACGAAAAUUGUAAUGUGUAUUUUUACCCCAAUAUGUAGUGUUUUUAUUGCGUCGGCGUCAGUUAAACUGAGUCUAGUUGUGAUGUAGGCAAGUGAUUGAUAAGACAGGGUUUUUGAUGAGAAUGUACCAAAAUUGGGGUACAAAUAUACAAAACACUAAAGUCUAUGAAUCCGCAGCUUUUUAAAAUAUGGAAAUAAAUACGCUUGUCAGUGAAAUAUUGCGGACUAGGACUUGUAAUAUGUAAAAAAGUUAAUAUUAAUCUAGAUUGUCAAGACUCUGUUGGCACGUACCAUUUGAAUUAACGUAAAUAUAACGGAUAAGUUGAAAUAAAUAUGAAUGUAUCGAUCUCUAUAGAAUUGUAUCCAUUUGCGCACUGAGCGCUGAUCCGGAGACAGAUAUAGGUCAAGUACACUCGCAGUGCCCUUAAUCACAAUCACUGUGGUCCGACUUACAGGCCGUAUCCUAUUUAGGAAAUUAGGUUACAAAACAAUUGAAACUCUAUUUUGUUGUCGUUUCAAAUUAUAAUUGUCUGCUAAUGAGAAAUAUGGAUGGCUGUGAUCAAGUUUUGGGAUUUAGUAAUGUUUAAAUGUGCAGUGAAUUUGUACUUGCUUGAAUGUUUUCCGGAUCUACGCUCGAAUUAUGGUUUAACAUGAAUUCUAUAUUUUUUAUGUUUACUGUACACGUAGUGUUUAUAGCCCACUGGGAUUCUUUGUACUGAUACCCCAUUUUCUAUUUGUUUUAAAUAAAAUAUUUUACGGUUGA